AUGAAUAUUCUUGAUAUUGGAUAUUUUAGAGCCAUUCAAUCACUUCAGCAUCAAGAAGCACCCAACUCUAUUGAUGAACUAAUUUCUGCUGUUGAAAAGUCCUUCAAUGAAUUAUCAUCUGAAAGUCUCAAUAAUGUGUUCUUAACCUUACAACUAUGUAUUGGAUUUAAGGAAGAAGACAAGCCUAAUUUUACUGGUUCAUUCUACUCAAAAAUCAAGGCCAUGAUUGAAGAACUUUUGAAAGAAUAUGAUAAUGUAUGCACCCUUAGAGUUCAAAUGCCAAUAUCAUCUGAUCUUAAUAACCCGCGCAACUUCAUCACAAAGAUUGCAAAGUAUGACAAGGUUGUAAACAUCCCCAACAGCAUGACUGUGUUGGAUGAACUUUUGCCAAUUUCAAUUGAAAUGGCUAAGAGGAACUGCAAGGGCAUAUGGAACUUUACUAACCCAGGUGUUAUAAGUCACAAUGAGAUAUUAGAGAUGUACAGGGACUACAUUGAUCCAAAAUUCAAGUGGACAAAUUUCACCCUUGAAGAACAGGCCAAGGUUAUUGUAGCUCCUCGCAGUAAUAAUGAGAUGGAUGCAUCCAAGCUGAAAAAGGAGUUUUGUCAUGGAGCGAGCUAA